AUGGUGAAUAUGAUGGAAUGGCAUAAACAAGUUCAAAACGGGAAUGUCGUUGCGAUGUACGUCAAAGUCAUGACUGAUGAACAAUUGGAAACUAUCAGGAAACAAAUUGUUGUUUAUGCAACAAUUUGUGAACAACUUGUUGAGAUGCAUAAAUCACUCUAUGCUCAACAAGAUCUUGCAGGUAUAUCAAUUCUUUACUCUAAUUCAUUCUUACCUCAUCAAUAG